GAGCGAGUGAGACAGCUGUACUUUUGUUGCUGUUGAUCUCAGAACCUUCAUAUUGGAUUGACCAAAUGCUGCCUGGAUUGGGAGUUGGGUUUAUUGAUCCUUACGGGUCCCUUCCUAUUUGAGAUAUCCUAUGACUGGACCAGCAAAGCACCAGUGCUGAUUUUGUUCCAUCUGCUUGCAGGCACAGUGUGAAUUAGUGACAGCAAGUAGGGAUGGAGGGAGGACCCUCAUGUGUUUUUCAGAGUGGAUGUAUUGGGAGCUGAGGGAAUAUUCUUGGGGAAAAUGCCACGGUGUUACCUUUGCAGCUUUGGCUGGGUAGAGUGUGCUGCAAGUUGAGAGAGAUUCCAUUGGGACUAAUGCUCCUGGAUAAGGUGCUGAGUUUUUCUGCCAGAGCAUGUCAGCCCACAAGAAAGAGCAAAGAGCUUGGCUAUCACCAUGCAUGUGAUAAAUGAGGUCAGAAAAGUAGAUCUUCGUUGAGUUGAGACACAUAGAGCUCUCAGGAGCUGUGGUGUUCCCCGUCUUUCUCAGCCUUUAUGGCAGAUUGGUGUACUGUGCUCCGAUGGCUGCAAGCUCCCGAUUGGAAGAGUGUUCUGGGUUGAUUUGGAUCUUUGUGACCUUUUUGCACAGGCAUUGAAGUACCUGGGUCUUGGGCUUGUGUAUCAGAGUGUGGUGAAUUUUCUUCCUUGAGAGGAUAAAGGCUAAGAAUAUGUUCUUUUUGCUGAAGGAGGGGUGAAGCAGCCCUCUGUCUGUUUUGAAUAGCCUGGAAAUCAGGACAGUUAUUCCUCUUCUGACAGAUGGAAGAUGGCAGGGAAGAGGAAUGAGCGCUUGCUUUCAUACCGUGCUUUCAUGGUGGAAGUGAUACAAUCGCAUAGAAAACAUGUAGUGUAAGGAAACAAAGGAAAGGCAAAGAUGAAAGAAGAGAAGGGGCAGGAGAAGGAAGUUGAGAAGAAAGAGAAGGAAGAAGCAAUGCAGGCAAGGAAAAGAAGCGAAGAACAACUAAAAACAAUAGAAAGAAGGAAGAGUAAGAGAGUGAGAAACUACAAGAGAGAUCACAAGCGUGUCACUGACAGUAUCAUUUGACUCAGGAAGAGAGGAGGGCAGGAAAGGAGGACAGAAAGAAGGAAAUAGAGUAAGGGAAAGAAAAAUGGUAGAAACGUGAUAGAAAUUAAUGACAGAAGGAUGUAAUGAGGAAGGGACUGAAGAAUACAAAGAAAGAAAAAUAAAAGGAGCUAAGAAGCAUGCACGGACUGUACCUAUGGACACAGAACAGAGCUGUUCCUUAACAGCCUCUCCCUUGGUUAGAGCACCUCCGGCGCUGAUGGCCAGUAUUCGGCAGGAUGGUUGGCACCGCGGCGCCUGAGAAUUGAGAACUGGCAGCAGAGUGAAGAGAAGAGGAUGAUGGAAAGAGAGCAGAACUGGAAUAAAAUAUAGGGAAGGAAGAAAGGGGGGGAAAAAGUGAAAAGAAAACGGAAUACAAAAAAGAAGAAUAACGAAAGACAAGGAUGAAUGAUACUGUAAAGAGAAGAGGAAAAAAAAGGAAAGGGAAAGACAGAGAGAUGGUGACAGAGAAUACAAACAAGAAAGCAAAAUGAAAAAAUAAGGAGAUGGAGGAAGAAAACGUAUAUCUGCAAGCAAACACCAAGACAUGAAAAAAACAAAACCCAAAAAACAAAGAAAAAACCCCCAAAAAGCAAAACCAAAAACAGAAUAAACCCACCCAAAAAAAACCAAACAAAACCCCUCCCCAAAAAAAAUAACCAAAAAAACCAACCACAUAAGCAAAAAAAACCCCCUCAAACAAACAAAGAGAAAACCCCCAAAAAACCCACAAAAACCAAAGAAGAAAACAGGAGAAGUGGAUCAAAACACGGCAGAGGAGAUGACCAUCCGAGGCAGCGGCACGGCUGCUAUUGCCAUGGGUGUGCGGCGGCGGAGCAGCGCACGGUGUCGCUGCAGGCUCAGGAACGGCUCGGUGCGGGCGGCUCCGCCCCGGUGCGGCGGAGAGCCCGGCUGUGAGCGCGGGGGGGCGGCGCGGGCCGGGAAGCAGAGCCGGUGCGUCCGGGCGGCGGCGGGGAGCUGUGUGGGGCCCGGGCCGGGGCCGGCAGCCACAGCGGCGACAGCGGCGAGAGCGGCGGCGGCAGGGAGGAUGGGCGAGCGGUGGUGUGCGGCGGUGCUGCGGGUGCUGGUGCUGCAGGCGCUGUCCUGGGCGCUGGCGGGCGGGCAGGUGCGCUACUCGGUGGCGGAGGAAGCCAAGGCCGGCACGGUGGUGGGCCGUCUGGCGCAGGACCUGGGUCUGGAGGCGGGCGAGGCGGAGGCGCGGCGGCUGCGGCUGGUGGCUCCGGGCUGGCGGGCGAGCGUGGAGGUGAGCGGGGCGAGCGGCGCGCUGCUGGUGAGCUCGCGGCUCGACCGGGAGGAGCUGUGCGGCAAGAGCGCGCCGUGCGCGCUGCGCCUGGAGGUGCUGCUGGAGCGGCCGCUGCGCGUCUUCCAUGUGCAGCUGGAGGUCACCGACAUCAACGACAAUGCCCCCGUCUUCCCCGCCGCCCGGAAAAACCUCAGUUUAUCCGAGAACUCUCCUCCUGGGAUCCGUUUCCCGCUGGAGGGCGCGUCGGAUGCGGAUGUCGGAGCGAACGCGCAGCUUACCUAUGCACUCAGCCCCAGUGAGCACUUCGGCUUGGAAGUGAAAUCCAAAGACGAGAAUAAAAUCUCCGUCCUGCUCGUAUUAACGAAAUCUCUGGACCGCGAGACGAUUCCCGUGCACCGGUUGGUGCUGACGGCGAGUGACGGGGGCCGGCCGUCUCUGACGGGCACCGUGGAGCUGCUGAUCUCGGUGCUAGACACGAACGACAACACCCCGCAAUUCAAUCAGUCGGUGUAUAAAGUGCAACUACCGGAAAAUACGGCCCCGGGAACUGUGUUUUUUCAGGUAACAGCGACAGACAAAGAUGAGGGAAUUAAUCAACAAAUAUAUUAUUCUUUUAGCGACGCGAUUUCUACCAAAAUUCAGGACCUUUUCAAAAUUGACGAAAAGUCCGGGGAAAUACGGACUGCUGGGGAGCUGGAUUUCGAGGACUUUCAGUCGUAUGAUCUGGAGAUCGAAGCGAGAGAUAAAGGGACACCCCCGCUGUCGGGUCACUGCAGCGUGGAACUGAAGGUGCUGGACGUGAACGACAAUGCGCCGGAGGUGUGGGUGACGUCGCUGUCGGUGCCGGUGGCGGAGGACGCGUCGGUGGGGACGGUGGUGGCCCUGCUGAGCGUGUCGGACCGGGACUCGGGGGAGAACGGGCGCGUGCGGUGCUGGGUGUGGCCGGCGUCGCCGUUCGGUCUGGAGGCGACGUUCGCGGGCUCGUACUCGCUGGUGCUGCGCGAGGCGCUGGACCGGGAGCGGGUGUCGGAGUACGAGGUGGAGGUGCGUGCGGAGGACGGCGGGGCGCCGGCGCUGCGCGCCAGCCGCGGGCUGCGGGUGCCGGUGUCGGACGUGAACGACAACGCGCCCGCGUUCACGCAGGCCGUGUACACGGUGCUGGCGCGGGAGAACAACGCGGCGGGCGCGGAGCUGGCGCGGCUGUGGGCGCGGGACCCGGACGAGGCAGGCAACGGGCGCGUCAGCUACUCGCUGUGGGAGGGCGGCGGCGGCGGCGGGGCCGCGGGAUCGUCGUCGUGGUGGUCGGGCGGCGGGUGGCGUCCGGCGUCGAGCUACGUGUCGGUGGACGCGGAGAGCGGGCGCCUGUGGGCGCUGCAGCCCCUGGACUACGAGGCGGUGCAGGUGCUGCAGUUCGAGGUGCGCGCGGUGGACGCGGGGGAGCCGCCGCUGAGCGGCAACGCCACGGUGCAGCUCUUCGUGCUGGACGAGAACGACAACGCGCCGGCGCUGCUGCCGGCCGCGGGCUCGGCCCCGGAGGCGGGCGCCGUGGCGGCCGAGGCGGUGGCGGCGGCGGCGGACGUGGGGGCGGGCUCGGCGUCGGGCACGCUGUGGGCGUGGGCGGCGUGGGGGGCGCCGGCGGGGCAGGUGGUGGCCAAGAUCCGCGCCGUGGACGCCGACUCGGGCUACAACGCGUGGCUGCGCUACGAGCUGUGGGAGCCGCGGGGCAAGGGCCCGUUCCGCGUGGGGCUCUACAGCGGCGAGGUGAGCACGGCGCGGGCGCUGGACGAGGCGGACGGGCCUCGCCAGAGGCUGCUGAUCGUCGUGCGCGACCACGGCGAGCCGGCGCGCUCGGCCACGGCCACGCUCAGCGUGUCCCUGCUCGAGGCGGCCGAGGCGGCGCUGGCCGCGGGAUCCUCCUCCUCCUCGUCGUCGUCGCCGUCGCGCUCGGCCGUGGGCGUGGAGCUGGGGCCCGGGGCGGCGAGCGCGGCCACCAACGUGUGGCUAGUGGUGGCCAUCUGCGCCGUGUCCAGCCUGUUCCUGCUGGCCGUGGUGCUGUACGGGGCGUCGCGCUGGGCGCCGCGGGCGGCCGUGCUCUCGGGGCCUGGGCCCACCACGCUCGUGUGCGCCAGCGAAGUGGGCAGCUGGUCGUACUCGCAGCGCCACAGCCGGAGCCUGUGCGUGGCCGACGGCGCCGCCAAGAGCGACCUCAUGGUUUUCAGCCCCAACUUCCCCCCUCCGCCGCCGCCGCCCGGCCCCGCGCCCAAGGACACGCAGCCGGAGCCCUCCGCUCUCCUCGACACGGUCAGUGCUCCUUCCUUCAUUCCCUUCUCUGUUCCUUUCCUCCGCCCUCUUCAGAAGCUGCUCUUUGAAGCGGGGCUCUGUUCCCACGUCUUAGGGAUCUUGGGUACUUAGCGGGUCCUUGAGAAUGACAAUGGCACGUUUGCAUCUGUCAGGGCGACCUUGGUGGAAGCCCCAGCUCUUUCUGGGGUGGUUCCAGAAUAGAGA